AUGGCUAAAUAUAGUUUUGUAAGGCAUAUUAAAUGUAAUCCAAUAUUUACACAUGAUAUUGGGACUACUAAUCUGGAACAAAAAGAUAAAUCAUAUUUGGACGCAUUGUCAAUUGGUUCAAAUAAUUCCUCCAUCUUGGAUAAUGUAUUAUUAACAGGAAUCUGUCAUGGUAAAGUACCAUUUAUUGAAAAUUUAUCAUACCAAAUUCCAAGAAAUCAAGUCGAUUUAAAACUUCUUUGGAAGUUACCCUUCCCUGAUGCUACAGAAAUUCAUAAUUUUGUUCACUCAAAUGAUAUAGUUGCAGAAGAGGUGGACACUCCAGGUGCUAUAUCUUAUAGAGCCAGAAAUAAAUACUAUCUUUAUUUCCCUGAUACUGAAAAAAAUGUUCCUGUAAGUAGUGAUUUUUUGCCUGGUGAUCAAUAUAUUUAUAGAUUAGUGGGCAUUGGGAAACUUAUGUUUAUUGUCCAGCUAUCUAAUAAGAUUAAAUUACUCGGUUGGAAAUCUGAGGUUUCUGAUUUCCUUAUACCUAUACUAAAUCAAGAUUUGACUGAUUUUAUUAUUGGGAAUGAUCCAAUUAUCAAUUUCAAUACAAAUGCUGGCAGUGUCCCAAUAAAAGAUAAACCCUGUUUUGUUAUAGUGUAUAAUCACUGCAUUGUAAUGGCAAAUCUGCACGUAUCUAAAGAUGAAAAGGAUCUUAAACUGAUCAUAACAAAUAAAAUCCAUUCGAAUCAUUUAAAGAUUUUUGAUGCUCAUCUGUAUUCAGACGUACACCGUAUAAUUAUCCCAAUACUUUUAUCUACCGAUGGUAAUGCAUAUUUUUAUAAUCAAAAGCUUAACAAAUUGUACUUUAAAAUAUCAUCAGUAAACAGAACACUAUUUAAGGUACAUAUAUUCAAGAAUUAUUGUUUUUUAUUUAAUCAUGAUGAGUUUUGGGUUAUUAAUAUGGAGUCCCUUCGCCCUGCAAGAUUAUAUUUGGGUAUUCAUCCAUUAAGUAUUUUCCAUAUCAGUGACAACAUCUUUCUAUUGGCUAAUAAUUCAAAGGUCUAUAAGUUGACCUUUAAAAAUCAAAUAAAAGCAACAGUAUCAGCUCGUUCUAUCAUAUAUCCACUGGGUAUUGCACUCAGAUUGCUACCCCUACAUUCAAGACCUGGGUAUAGUUUGGUUCUAUCUCAAUAUGUGUUUGAAGAUAAGACUAUUCCCCAAAUAAAGAAACAAAAGGGGCUUCAUGUAUCUAUAUUUCAUAACGAAACUAUGAAAAUAAUUAGUACAAAAGAGAUAUGUGAUAUUGAUUUAAUCGAAUAUGUCUUGAUGGAACCUUUGAUAGUUAAUUCUUCAUAUGAAAUAACUUUCCCUUGUGAUUGGUUUGUUAUAACGUAUAGAAAACCGUCAUGUGGUUCAAGCUGGGUUUUAUUAACUGUUGAGGAUGGCAGAAUAAUUCAAAUAUAUAAGGAAGGUCAACUGGAUGAUGUGGCGACUUCUAUUUUCACAGACUAUUCUAGUUUUGGCAGGACUGUCCAGAUAUGCAUAACAACAGGUGGAAAAUUUCAUUUGAUUACACUAACUCGAAAGAAGGGGAAGGUAAAAGUUGAUACUAAAAAUAUUAUUUCUACUUCAACUGGAUCUUGGAAUAUCGGUGGAUUUUUCCAAAAUGGACUACUUCAAUUGAUAAACCCACAUCAUGGUUUAUAUUACAGUGAUUCAAUUACAGGUGAUAAAGAGUUAGUGAAACAUGCACUAAAAACUAGGCCAAGGAUCUUUGGUAAUGCUAUAAUUAUUAAAACAGCUACCAAGGUUUUGGAUCCAGUGAAACAAUGGGGAAACACUCUUGGAAUAGAGAAUCAUAGUUCAUAUGACAAUCAUGCAUCAAGCCAAUUUUUAUCUGGGCAUAUUACAAAAUAUAUGUUUCUUCAAAAUUGUAUCGAAAGGAAGGAUCGUGAGAAAAUUCUUUGUGCAAUGGUAGAUUCCGAAAAUUUUGUCUAUUUGUGGGAUGAUGUCUUAGAGCAUCUCCCAAAUAACACUAUAGUUGUUAGACCAAUAAUUAAGUUUAGGCCCAAAGUGAGAAUAAUUAAUAUAACUCCUAUAUUGCAAAAUUUCGAAAAGUCGGUUUUUGGGGAUAAAAGUUAUGGUAUCCCAUUAUUUUUUUUAUUAGGAGAAAGUGGAGUGGUUUAUGUAUUAUCAACUCUAGAAGAGACACCAAUUAUUCAGCCAUUUCUGGAAGGUUCUUUUAAUACUCAAAAUACUUUGCCGGAAGGCAAUUGUGCAUCUGUGUGGUUCGAAUAUGAUGAAUUAGUUUAUGUAAAACAUUCUUUACAGUUAGUUCAAUAG